GUACAUGACUCACCAUCUGGGCUUAGAUAGGGGGUGGAGAAUUCGAUUGCAAGAGCACAAACAAUUUUAACUGUCAGCUAUUCUUCUUGGUUUUGUCCACGUUCUUUAUUAAAUGUAGAUUUCAAGAUUUUGACCUGAUUUCGAUCAGCUGGGACCCUUUUCUGACAUCUAGGACUUUUCUCCAGAUGGGCAGUCACUUUGAAUUACGGAUGCCUCAAAUGAGUAUUAAUCGUGCCACUGGAAUGGAACGAUCAAGCAAUCAAGAAUCUUGUCAGCUGACUGAAAACAUGACUUCUACAAUCCAUGAUCUAGGAGAAAGCAGCCAGAAACAGUGUGGGCAGACCAUUACCAUGUCUCCACUAUGCAGAAAUCAUGAUCAUGCAGAGUUCAGAUACGCUUCCCACCCAGCAAGCCCUCAGUGUUCUAAUGCUCUUGAAGACACCAAAGGCAUUUUCUUCCAAGUGGGGAGUAAAAGAAACCUCGAAUAUUACACUACUAGCCAAGAGCAGUUUGGGAGUGGUUGUAGCAGCUUGAACAACAGUACGCAAGUCCAAGCGCCAGAGAAAGUGACUCUUGUCGUUGAUGGCACUAGAUUUGUCGUAAAUCCCCAGAUUUUCACAGCUCAUCCUGAUACUAUGUUAGGAAGAAUGUUUGGACCAGGACGAGAAUAUAACUUCACUCGGCCGAACGAGAAGGGUGAAUAUGAGAUUGCGGAUGGAAUUAGCUCCACGGUGUUCCGGACUGUGCUGGAUUAUUACAAAACUGGAAUCAUUAACUGUCCCGAUGGGAUUUCUAUUCCGGAUCUCAGAGACACGUGCGACUACCUUUGCAUCAACUUUGAUUUCAACACAAUCAAAUGUCAAGACUUAAGUGCAUUACUGCAUGAGCUGUCCAACGAUGGGGCUCACAAGCAGUUUGACUGCUAUCUGGAAGAGCUGAUCCUGCCUAUAAUGGUGGGCAAUGCCAAGAAGGGAGAACGUGAGUGUCACAUCGUGGUGCUAACGGAUGAAGACAUCGUGGACUGGGAUGAAGACUACCCACCUCCAAUGGGAGAAGAAUACUCACAAAUUCUGUAUAGUUCUAAGCUCUACAGAUUCUUCAAGUACAUUGAGAAUCGGGAUGUAGCAAAAACGGUUUUGAAAGAACGUGGCCUGAAAAACAUCCGAAUUGGCAUUGAAGGUUACCCCACCUGUAAAGAGAAAGUGAAGAGGAGGCCUGGAGGGCGCUCGGAAGUUAUCUAUAAUUAUGUGCAACGCCCAUUCAUCCAGAUGUCGUGGGAAAAGGAAGAGGGAAAGAGUCGCCAUGUUGACUUCCAGUGCGUUAGAAGCAAAUCUCUAACAAACCUCGUGGCGGUGGGGGAAGAUGUGGCGGAAGACCAGGAAGUUAUGCUGCAUCACCCGCCCCAGGUGGAUGAACUUGACAGACUGAAUGCACCAUUUUCUCAAAUGGAUCCUAAUGAGCUUCCAGAAUAAUGUAGCUAAAGUGCAGUGUUUUCUCAAAUGGAUUUGGUUGAUUGACUGGCUCAGGACUGAAUAUCCAGAUCGGCCUGCUGCUAGUUUUCAUACAAGUGGAUCUCUUAAAAGCUAUUGCAUUACCAUAAUUGCUCUAUUCUCUAAAUACACUCUACAUAAGUAGAAAGGACUAGUGUUAUUACGUCAUUUGCUGAGGCCUCCCAAGUAUUCUCCAAUGAGAACGUGGACUCUGGGAAUUAAGUUUACAUCUCACCCUGUCAAAGAACAGAAAUAAAAUGUUCUCAUUGAAUUGAAA